CCACCACGGGUUUGUCAACAGAUUCGCGUGCUUGCCCAAACACAGGGCAGAGGCCGACCAAUGUACACUCCCCAGCAGUGUGUUUGCACGUGGGGGUGCAUACACGUGCGGGCAUCUCCCACAACAACAAAGAGGAAAUUCUGCCACUUCGUCCAAUUACUUUAGAGGAACCCUAGGCGGUACGAUCCCUGCCUGUGAAACCAAGUAGCCUAUCUGACCUUUUGAAAGUGCGGAGGUGAGAGCUAUAUCUGGGCAUGGUGGUGUGGCUGGUGCGGCCCUUUGCGUAUGGACCAGGACCAGAACCAGCUCAGACAAACCUUGCACCAGUUGGCUCCCUGCAGCGUGCGCUACUGAGUUUGGAUAUCGGCGGGUGGGUGCCACGACAGCCACUGCGCGCCCAGACCGCCGUGCCCACGCGUUUGAGGACGAGUCAGACUCUUGUGUUUCCAGCGCUCAAUUUAGCCGGGAGAUGGAGGGAGGAGGCAAUUGCUUCCUGCUGGCGCAGCAUUGAGAAGACGGACAGCGGCCAAGCCGUGCGCAACCCAUUUAGCGAAGUGCGGACGGCGCUUCCCGCUCGCUGUGGGACAAUCGGCGCGACUCACUCGCCUCAUGCACGCCGUGCGGGCCCUGCUGGACGGCGUGACGGCGCACGCCCCCUGCCGCCCUUACGCCUCGAGACGCACGCCGCCGAUUUGCACGCCGACAGCUGCGGCGAGUGCACCACUCACGGCUGCCGGGGCUGCCUGGGGCGCAGAGGGUCUGCCCGUAGUGGCCCUACACUGCCAGCCAAGAUGCGUGCAACACGCAAAACUCCUCACCCCAAGUGGAGGCAAAAAGCAAUGGCACAUAACCCCGCCGCGAUGGACAAAGGAUGUUUUUUUUUAAUCAAACUUUGCCGAGUACGCUUAUUCUCCUCUGCUGCCCCCACUCUGGAAACGCUUUCCCCCCCCCAGUUAUCAGUGUUGUCGAUUCUCAUCCUCAGUUCAAAUUUAGGUCCAAGACCUCCCUUUGUUCCUUUGCUUAUCCUCUAUCUAGAAUAUACGCAUACCUUUUCUGAGAUGGUGGCGUUAAGAUGCGCUAUAAAUCCAAAAUGCGCUGUAAUCAGGCAUGAGGUUAAAAAGCUGCACCAUCCCCUUACUGCGUGCCAUGAGGCAGCAAUGAAAAUCUGCCUGCUUCCAACAGAUCCGACCGCCUCUUAGAUUGUGUUAUGUCAGAUGCGAUC